AUGGGAAUAAAAGAAACCAUUGAAGCCGAUUGCAGGAAGUCUGAAGUCUGGAAGAUGAUGAUACUGGACAAUUUUACCAUGAAGCUGCUGUCACUGUGUUGCAGAAUGUCAGAUCUGAUUUCAGGUGGCAUUACCAUUGUCAAAGACCUCUUUAAAAUCCGGAAGCCUGUUCCUGAUCUCAAGGCGAUCUACUUCAUGAUCCCUACUGCAAAGUGUGUGGAUGUCUUAAUUGUUGACUUCAAGAUCAAACCGAAGUAUAAAGCUGCAUACGUGUACUUCGCUGAGGCAUGUCCCGAUUCAGUUUUCAACAAAAUGAAGCUUAGCUGUGCAAAGCCUAUACGAGUCUGUAAGGAAAUCGGUGUCUCCGUUUUGUCUCAGGAGUCCCACGUUAAGUUCCGCCUAAAGGAUGGACGAGGGAAGGAAGCGCAGUUAGAUGAAAACGAUGAGCUCUGGGUCAACCUUCGGCACCUGCGCAUCGCAGGCGUUUCGAAGUAA